CUUGAAACUGGACUAGAAGCUUACGAGGAGUACCUGAAUGCGACAUAGGUUUCUCAGCCGGUGUUUUCAUAUUUUUACGCCCCUCCGCUCUUUUACGGUGUUUUCCAUGCCUCAGAGACGACAAACAUAGCCUACAGGGGUGCCAUGACUCUGACCAGAGGAUCUUUCACCUAUGCCAGCGGAGAAGAGUACCAUGGCGAGUGGAAAGAAGGUCGGAGGCACGGUGUUGGCCAGCUCAAGUUUCUGGAUGGAACCUGCUACACUGGCCAGUUUGAGAAUGGACUCUUCCAUGGCUCUGGUGUACUGCUCUUUACAGAUGGAUCCAGAUAUGAAGGAGAAUUUGCACAUGGAAAGUUUCAAGGUACAGGAGUCUUUAGUCGAUAUGAUGGCAUGAAGUUUGAGGGUGAAUUUAAUGACGGACGUGUUGAGGGAUAUGGACUUUUGACUUUCCCAGAUGGGUCUCAUGGUGUCCCACGAAAUGAGGGCUUGUUUCAAAACCACAAGCUGCAGAAGAGAGAGAAAUGUCCAGCAGUGGUGCAGCGUGCACAGGCUUCAGCCUGUAGUGCUCGCAGUCUUGCACUUUGACCAUCAUGGAGACCACUGGAGACACAAACAGGGUUCUAGCACCUUCUAAGAGGGCCUCAGGGAUGUGUACUUGUAUACUACCCUCUAGCUCUUCUUUUGGUGUCUUUCUGUUUCCAUCAGAUUUGUCUGCAUCUUCCUUGACUCACCUUCACAGUAGCUUGGAAUCCAAACACAGUGGCUCUUUGUAUGACUGACUUGACAUGCACAACACCAGGAAGCACAUCUUUUAACUUCACAAGUCUUGUAAAUAGCAAAAGCAGUUAUUUUUUUCUUGUUCUGAUUCUUGUACUCAUAAACAAUGUCUUAGUGUUUUAGGAUACAGUAGUUAGCUUUCAUACAUUGAACAACUGACUAUGGGAGACCUCUUCUUACCAGUCCAUUACAAGAGUGUUACUUAAAGGUACCCUGUGGAGAUCUUGGCUACUUGCAGUUCUGUGUGUUUGUAAAUGGGUCUCUAUUGUUUUUAUCGUGCACAGGCAUGAGGACAAACGCGCAUGCAUGCAAACACGCGGGUAUUGUGAUACACAUUCUUGCUGAAGUUUUCUGCUGAUGGACAUUUGGUGGCGGUAACGUAGCAAUGUGGAAAGCUAUCCAACACAGAUCUAAACAAUGCACAAAUUAAAAUAUCCAAAAGACUGGAUUUUACAGUAUAUAGUUAUGAGGAAGGAAAUGCAUUUAAUACAUAUGCCAAGCCUUAAAGAUACACACAUGCAUUUUGGUGAAAAUCAGUGUAUGCAAACAUAAUUUUUGUUUGUUUACAAAACCACUCCACCGAGCACCUUUAAAAUCUCAAUUAACGGUGCUGCUGCAAACUUUAUCAUUCAAGGAAUGCUUUUUGUCACUGGUGUUUCUCCUUUAAGAACAUCGGUAUUCACAUUUGCCUUAAAGACAUUUUGGUACAAGAAUGUAGUUCAAGGGUGUCCAUCUGAAAAUCAGAUGACACAUAGUGCCCUUUCCUUCCCUUCUCUUCUACAUCAUUUCCCCUAAGGUUUCUGUCAGCCUAAUGAAGCUGAGGUGUGCCUAAAUAUUGCCUUCACUCUGAGAGACAUGUUGCUAAGCUGGUGCUAAGUUUCAGCUCCCAUCACUCACAAGUCCUGCAGUUCUCUUCUCUCCAGUAAACUCCCCACUCCCAGUGGAAAUCACUGGGGACGAGGUUGAACUCAGCUGGAUAAUUCUCUGUGUAACCUGAAAUACCUGGAUGACUUGACAUCCACAAAUUUGAUAAAUAAUCAUAAUUAAAUGCAUUGAAUUAGGGCUAUAAAGCCUAAUUGUUGCAAGUGGAUGAAAGAAUAAAUCAGAUCUAUAUUUAAGAAGAUGUAAUUCUAAUGUAUGUUUUUCUCUGACAUGUGUAGAUGUUCGUUGUCACUGACUGUUUGCUCUGCCCUUUCAAAUGAAUUAAGAUAUAAUUAUUUGAUCAGUUAGGUAGAAAGUGUUGUUUGGUUGGGUACUACGAGGUGUUAAAACACAGCUAUUCUGUGAUUACAGAUUAAUUCAGUAUGCUUGAACAGUUGAUUAAAUAGGCCUUAAAAACAUUUGUAGACAUGGUUUGUAUCGGAUUGCCUACACAAAACUUCAACCAAAGACAAUCAAAUGAUAUUAUAGGUAUAGAAGCCUAGGAUUUGUGCUAUUUCUUAAAGAUUAUCAAUAAAGACAAAUCAUCAAUGACAACAUGGGACUUCAGUGUGCAAGAAUGACAAGAGAACUGAACUUAAGCAGGGAAUUGAGUGAGAUUCUGUUGUAAAUAUGUCUGAUGCCUUUUGUCUGGAUUAUUUGCAGUUGCUGAUUUUCAUUGUUGUUAUAUCCUAUGAAGACAAAGAAUUAGUCCUCAGUAUUGUGAGCCAAAUCAAAAAGACUAAAUAUAACAUUAGACACAGAAAAGCAGACCAGUGCAUGCAUCAAUACCACUGUCUACAAGCACACAAUGAUACUUUGGUGUACUUGCACAGUAUGCAUGUAGUAUGAUGUGUUUCAGAUCAUUCAAUAGUAUUUUUCCUUUCCAGUGUGUGGGUGUCAACACUACACUGAGUGUGUAGACACUCAUGCCUGAGUGGAACAAUAAAAUACCACAUCCAUUUCCAACUGGAAGCAAAUGGUGCUUUAAAAGUGUGCCUGUCCAGACUUUCACCUGCCUGGAAUCUAUCAUUGCUAUGGUUACCCUUUUUACAGUGACAAUAUUAAGUUGCUUUGAGUGCUCUUCGAUUAAAAAAACUGCACAGUAUCCCUUCGUUCUCCUGGAAUAGGUCUGAGUCUGUAUCACAUAUGUAUUAAAUAAAGGUUUGUGUUGAAAAAGAAACGUUUUUCGUUGGGCAUGACAGCAUUGGAUUUGGACUUCACUGCCAUUUUUGGUGUUUUUUCAUCAUUUGCAGCUAUAUGAGGAAGUUAAAUCAUUUUUGUGGAUAAACAGUCUCUUCUGGUUUUUGGCUGGCUACUACCAAGCAGAAGCCUUCAGUUUCCCCAUCCCCCUCCUCAUUUUACACACUCCACCCUUCAGUAACAUCACACCACAGCUAUGUGGAAUUAAAAAUGACAGACCUAAAGUUGUAAAACAUGAGUCCAAUAAAUUUAAAAGUGAUG